CAAUUUCUCGUUUUCUCACUCCUUUCUCCCUUUUCUCUCUGCACAUUGGUUUGCGUCAUUUAUCACCUUCAGCUGUUUUUUUUUUUUUUUCUGUGCAAUGUCUUUCCUCUCUUAACACUAACCCAUCCUCAGCAUGGAUAUCGGAGGACUGACCACUGUGGUAGCAAACUCUGCAUACAUCAAUGCCCGUGGAAGCAUAGAUGGUUCCAACGCUGCUGCAGCUCGGGAUAAGAAGUACCACGCUCGUCUCAAAUUGCCCCACAUCACAGUGUGUGAGGGCCUGAGGGACACUCUGGAUUUGGCCUUUGACUUUAUCUGUGUGCAACAGCCAAUUGGCAAACGACUAUUUAGGGAAUUUUUGGAAGCAAAUCAAGAAUAUCACAGCGCUUGUCGUUUAUGGAAAGACAUUGAGGACUAUGAUCUGGCAGAGGACUCUGAAAGAGCAAAGAAAGCCUCUAAGAUUGUUCAGCGGUACAUGGACCCAUCUGCCAAACACUUCUGCCUGUACCUGCCUGAGGACAUCAUAGUCAAGGUGAAGGAGAGCCUGGAGUCUGUGGGGGACAAUUUGUUUGCUGCAGCAUUGGCUAAAACGCUGGACUACCUUCAAGAGGCCCCAUACAUUUUCUUUCUGGAGAGCAUGUACCUGAAGCGGUUCCUGCAGUGGAAGUGGCUUGAGAUGCAGCCCAUGGAUGCAGACUGGUUCCUGGACUUCCGUGUGCUGGGUAAAGGUGGGUUUGGGGAGGUGUCUGCCUGUCAGAUGAAAGCCACUGGAAAACUUUACGCUUGUAAGAAACUCAACAAGAAGAGGCUGAAGAAAAGGAAAGGCUAUGAGGGGGCAAUGGUGGAGAAGAGGAUUCUUGAGAAGGUCCACAGUCGCUUUAUUGUUUCGUUGGCGUAUGCCUUCCAGACAAAGGAAGAGCUUUGUCUGGUUAUGACUAUCAUGAAUGGAGGAGACCUCAACAUGCAUCAGGAUAAGCUGAUGGGAAGUUGCUUGGUUUCUGCUCAGGUUGAACGUGAAGAGAUGAAGGAGCGCAUGUUGACUCGCAUGGUGACUUAUCCAGAUAACUUCAGUGAGCAUGCCAAGUCGCUGUGUGAUGGGCUGCUGGCCAAAGACGUGGCGCAGAGGAUGGGCUUUAAGAACGAAUGCUGUGAUGAAAUCAGAUUGCAUCCAUUUUUCAAGAAUAUUAACUGGAGGAAACUGAAUGCAGGUAUUCUACCUCCUCCUUUUGUCCCUGACCCCAAAGUGGUUUACGCUAAAAGUCUGGAUGACGUUGGGGCUUUCUCCUCUGUGAGGGGCGUAGCCCUGGAGGAUUCUGAUAAAACCGUUUUUGAUGAGUUUGCCACAGGUAACAUCUCCAUCCCUUGGCAAGAGGAGAUGAUUGAGAUGGGCAUUUAUGGUGAGCUCAACCUUUGGGGCCCUGAAGGCACCAUUCCAAACGAUCUCCGCAGGGAGUCCAUCCUAGAGCAACCCAAGUCUUCAACGUGCUGUAUAUCGUAAUGAAAUACACCAAAAACACGUGAACUGUUGGAGAGAAAUAUUCUCGCUUUAUCUCACUUACUCAAAAGGAGCAACACUCGACGACAGGAGGAGGUUUUAACCAGGUUUUACUUGCAAGGACAGAUUUUCAGGACAGGUUACACAGAU